AGCCGGGCGAGGACGGGCGCCGCGGAGCCGCGCUCCUGCUUCCCUCCCGCAGCCCGGGCCGAGCAGCCAUCCCUUCUGGCAUGCUCCUCAUCCCUGAGCACACGAUGUCUCAGUACUCCACCAACUUCCUGCUGCUGCCCAUCCCGGAGUACCCCGCGCUGGACUGCGCGCCCAACAAAAUCAUCAAGCUGGUGGUGCUGGGCGGCAGCGGCGUGGGCAAGACAGCCCUGGUCGUGCGCUUCCUCACUAAGAGAUUUAUUGGGGACUACGAAGCCAACACUGGUGCUUUGUAUUCCAGGAAGUUCACCAUAGAUGGGGAGCAGAUCUCUCUGCAGGUGCAGGACACUCCCUUUGUCUCAUUGGAGGAUGACACGGACAGCAUCUGCUGCCAGGAGCAGAUAAACCGCUCCAUCUACUGGGCCGACGGCUUCGUCUUCGUCUUCUCCAUCACGGACUACGAGAGCUUCCGCCUGCUGCGCCCGCUGCACCAGCACAUCCGCAGGAUCCACCCCAACGCCAACAUCCCCCUGCUGCUCAUGGCCAACAAGGGGGACCUGCUGAGGGCCAGGCAGGUGUCCUCCAAGGAGGGGCUGCAGCUGGCCGCCGAGCUGGGCGGCACCUACUGCGAGGUGUCGGCGCGGGAGAGCUGCGAGGGCGUGCUCGAGGCCUUCCAGCAGCUGUGCCAGGAGCUCAGCAGGAGCAGCUCCAGCUGCAACGGGGAGAAGAGGAGAGGUCUCCACCUGGUGAGGCCCAAGUCGCCCAACAUGCAGGACUUGAAGCGGCGUUUGAAGCAGGCUCUGACUUCCAAAGGCAAAUCUGCCACCGCGCUUUGAUGUUCCUGCUCAGGGAUUGUGUUCUGGAGCCCUGGGUAAAAGGGCAACAAGCUGGGAAAAAGGGGCAUCAGUUCAGCCAUCAGGAUGUGUGAGAGACUCUCAUUCCUGUGAGAGACCCUCAUUCCUGUGAGAGACUCUUUCAUUUGGUCUUCACAUCCUCCUCAAAAAGCCCCUGCUCAUUCAGCAGAGGAACUCACAGAAUUUGCUCUCUGGAGCAAGGAUUUCCAAACUGUGGUUUAAUAAAUCGUCCCAGAUUCAUUCUAUCUUUUUAUUUCUUUUUGGAAAGGGGUGCAGUCAAAUAUCUUGGUAUUAAAAAGUGGGUUUUGUCAAUGGGAAUAAUGAAAUCCUGCUUUUAAGAGAUGUGACCUCCCUUGGGGAUGGUUGUGUUCCCAAACACAGGCAGUGAACUACAGCAGGGCAUGAGGAGAGUGAUGGGAGCUCUACUGAGCAAGGAAAAUGGACCAGAUCUGCUUCAGUGCAAGACUGGAAAAUAAAUGAAUUAAUUCAUUUAAAUGAAGAGCAUAAAUA